UUUGUGCGACGACAGUCGUCCGGGUAUGACUUUUGCUAUCAAGUUUCUUGGCGUUCUGUGAAGAUAUUUAUUUUGUUUUGUUUAAUUAUAUCAGUGGGGACAGCGGGCAGGUUCGGAAUGUCUCUUCACAGGCUACUAAGAUGCAAAACUCUUAAGCUGUCAUCGUGCAGACAGAUACAGAGAUCUUUUUCGACCAGCACUGAAGGAGAGGUCCGCAUUACCAAAAUACUGAAAGAGAAGUUUCCCCAAGCCUCAUCUCUCAAAGUUGUGGAUAUAUCUGGUGGCUGUGGAGCGAUGUAUGAAAUCCAUAUCGAGUCUGAUGAAUUUAGAGGGAAAAGAAUAGUGCAGCAGCACCAGGUAGUGAAUCAGGCACUCAAAGAAGAGAUUAAAGGAAUGCACGGACUGCGGAUAUUCACAGCUGUUCCCAAAAAGUAGACUCUGCACUAACGUUCUUCAUCAAGAUCAGAUUCAUCGGAUCAAACCUGAUUAUCGCACGCAUACACAAAAACUAUUACACGAUGAUAUUACAUGAAAGAAGUCAGAAACAUCAGGGAAACCUUUGAAAGAAAAUGUUUAAUGGGCCUCAUUUAUCAAUCGUUUAAUACAGCUGUGUGUAAGCCAGUUAGUCGUAAAUGACCAAGUCUGCUCAUGACAGAACUGAUUUACAGUUAGUGAUGCCCACAAAACUGCAUAAAAAGUAAAGCUCACAGAGCUGAAGAUGACCAAAAAUGAUGACUAAACGGUGAAAGAUCACCUCCUGAUUAUGGCGUGCAGUAAAUCUCCCAGUAUUUCAGCUCUGCCGCUGCAGCAUGUAAACACAGCACUAUAAAGACACACUACACUCCCCCCUUUUAUAGAGUGUCAUUACUUUUGUCCUAAUUGAAUGGCUAGGCUUAUUCGUCUUAAUUUAUGGAUUUGUUGUAGACUGUUUUCUUUCAAAUUCAUUAAUCUGAAGUGACUAAAUAUACAUACACACACACUCACUGGCCACUUUAUUAGGAACACUCAUCCACCUGCUGUUUCGUGCAGUUAUCUAAUCAGCCAAUCUCUUGACAGCAGCACAAUGCAUCAAAUCAUGCAGAUACAAAUCAAGAGCUUCAGUUAAUGUUCACAAUGUUCAGACAUCGGAAUGGGAAAAAUUGUGAUCUCAGAGUGUGACUUUCAAUGUGGCAUGGGUAUUGGUUUGAGCCAGAUGGACUGGUUUGAGUAUUUCAGAAACUGUCAGUCUCCUGGGGUUUUCACACAAAACAAUCUCUAGAAUUUACACAGAAUGGUGUGAAAAACAAAAAACACUGGGUGAGCGACAGUUCUGUGGGUGGACAUGCUUUGGUGAUAAGAGAGGUCAGAGGAAAACGGACAGUGCCGAGUUUCCCAAAAGCAUCGUAGCACAAAGAUCAUUGUUAAAUGGUAGAGCGAGCAGCAUAAUGAACACUCGCUCUCCUGGUUAAGAUGUUCUUAGCGCUAAGAGGCUUUUGGGAAACCCACCCCAGAUUGAUUCAAGCUACCAGGAAGGAUAUAGCAACUCUUUCAACCGCAGCAAGCAGAAAAGCAUCUCAGCAGGCAACAGCAGAAGACCCCAUUGGGUUCCAAUCCUGCCAGCCAGUAACAGGAAUCUUAGAAUCAAGAAUAAGUUCCUAUUAAAGUGGCCGGUGUGUAUAAAACAACAAAAAAAUUCUAUAUAUCCAGUUUGAUAAAUGAGGCCCGUUGUUGUUGCUGGAAUUCUACAAUACGCACAAAAUAUGACUUGAAUGCUGCACUGCGCACAAAAAUGCCACGAUAUCUUAAAGCCACUGUUGUAACCUGGAAAGCAACUCAGAAUAGCUAUGUGUUAUUCAUAACACCAGUGAUACUUGACUAAACAUAAAUAAUUGCUUUCAAACACUUCUGUAUUUAUGACACUUCUAUGUUUUUCUCUCUGCUUUAACGGAUUAUGAUGAUUAUGAACCAAAAGCCAUUAAAUCCCAUUUCUUUGUGA